UAAUAUUUUGUGUUUUUGCAUUAGCGUUGAUUCAGACUUCAUUAUCCUGAACUCCAAGCUGCAGUGCAACACUCGUCCAUGCAGUGAAUUAUUAAUUCUAGUUGUUUGUUCAGCUGAUUUCAGCCUGAUGAAAUUUCCAGACUUUCUGUCAAUCAUUUCCUGGUUUUAUACCGAAGAAAAGCACAUAGUUUCACUUCACCCAGCCCACCUGGGAAGUCCCACUGCUGGCUCCACGGCCUAUUUAAAGGAGGGAUCGCAGCACCUGCUGUGUAGCAAUCACUGAAUUCCUUCAGACUUGUUGCGCCUCUGCAGCUUCGUUCACAUUCGACAGACUGAGACCAGCAGCGCGUGAGAAUGGAGAGCAACAAGGCGCGUCUCUUUGCAGCGCUCUGCGCCUUCCUCAUUGUUUGCAGCUUCGUCUGCAGCUCAGAUUCAGCGAGCUGCUGCACCAGAUACACCAAAAAGAAGCUGCCCUGCCUUCUGGUGAAGAACUACAGCAUUCAGACCAUCCACGGCUCCUGUGACAUCAAUGCCAUCAUUUUCCACGUCAACGGGAGGUUCGUGUGCGCCGACCCGACGAAGGCGUGGACCAAGAGGGCCGUGACGUGCGUGGAUGAGAGACGGAAGAAGAGAGUCAAUGAAGUCCUGAUGGGGAAACCGAGCAUUGACGACAAAACUCAGUAACUUGGAGACAAAGUGGCUGGAAAAAGAAGAAAAAAUGUGUUUAAGGUUCUCUAAAAGUCUUGUUGAAUGGUGACGGAUUUAAUGCUUUUCUGUGACCUUUUUUUUAAUAUCUCUUCUGUUUUAUAAACAGGAACGUGUAGUAUUAAUAAUACCACAUCUAUAGCUGUGCUGAUAAUGGGGCAAUAACCUGUAUGUUUUUUUAACAAUAAAUCGAACUAACAUAACUACAUUUACAGUGGUUGACGUAAAUGUGCUGCAGAGAUGCAACUUUUUAUUUGCUGUUUAUUUAAAAUGCAUGUGAUUUGAGAGAUUUUAACAAAAAAAAGUUAAAUGGUGUUAAAAUGUGUCUAAUAAAGCUGGAAAAACAUCA